CGGAAGUGAGAGUGGGAUCUUAUCCGCCAUUCUGGGAACUGAGGAGAGCGAGCAAGCGAGAGAGAGAGAGUGGGGAGAGGGGGAGAUUUUAUCUGGCAACAGAAACAGGCUCGGAGUGUGUGAGUGAGUGAGCGAGUGAGUGAGAGAGUGUGAGCGUGAGUGAAUGAGAGCGGGUGUGAAAGACACGUUUCCCCCCCACCUGGACUGAGAUCGGCGUAAAAAGGAACACUACUGUUAAAAAGAGAAGAAAUUAUAGCCAUAAAACUGGAAAGCAAGUAAGAGUUGUGGGGGGAAGAGGGGGGAAACCUUUUUAAAACGGACAGCCUGAUUAACUCAAGAGAGUGAGGCAGGGGCGACGGCGGACAUCAAGAGCAGCGGCCAUCUGAUCCGGUUCCUGAAGAAUGUCUGCCACCAGUGUCGAUCAGAGACCUAAAGGACAAGGAAAUAAAGUGCAAAAUGGUUCAAUGCAUCAAAAGGAUGCAGUAAAUGAAGAUGAUUUUGAGCCUUACUUAAGCAACCAGACAAAUCAGAGUAGCAGCUAUCCACCAAUGUCGGACCCCUACAUGCCUAGCUAUUAUGCGCCGUCAUUUGGAUUACCAUACUCCUUAGGUGAAGCUGCCUGGUCUACAGCAGGAGAUCCUCCCAUGCCCUACUUAACUACCUAUGGACAGAUGAGCAAUGGUGAACACCACUUUAUCCCAGAUGGUGUUUUUAGUCAGCCUGGUGCUUUAGGAAAUACACCUCCUUUCCUCAGCCAACAUGGAUUCAACUUUUUUCCUGGCAAUGCAGACUUUUCCACCUGGGGGACCAGUGGCUCUCAGGGACAGUCAACACAGAGCUCUGCUUAUAGUAACAGUUAUGGAUACCCACCUAGUUCCUUAGGCCGUGCUAUUACAGAUGGACAAGCUGGAUUUGGUAGUGACACUCAGCUUAGCAAGGUUCCAGGGCUUAGCAGUAUUGAGCAAGGCAUGGCAGGUCUGAAACUGGGUGCAGAUAUGGCAGUAGCUGUAACUAAAACUGUGGGUUCUGCUUUAGGAGCUGCAGCAGGAAUGAGCAGCAUGGCAGCUAACAGUAUGCCACCAGUUAGCUCGUCUGCUCCUAAGUCCACUUCUUGGGCAGCAAUUGCUCGGAAGCCAGCAAAGCCUCAACCCAAACUUAAGCCUAAAGCAAAUAUGACAAUGGGUGGUGCCACCAUUCCUCCACCUCCAAUAAAGCACAAUAUGAACAUCGGUACCUGGGAUGAUAAGGGGCCCAUGGCAAAAUCCCCACUAGCACAACAAGUGUUAACUGCUCAGCCACUUGUCCAACAACAGCUCCUAGCACAGCCACAAGCCUUGAUCCAGAACCAGCUGCCCCCUCAGCAACAACAGCAUAUGCAGUCCACACAGCCUCCUCCGCAGUUGCCCCAUGGAUCCCCAUUACAGCACCAGCAUCAGACAGUUCAGCCUCAGCAGCAGCAAGUGCUUUCACAGCAACAGCCCCCUUCUCAACAGCAGCCACCACCACCACAAAACCGAUGGAUAGCACCUCGAAACAGAGGUGUUGGGUUCAAUCAGAGCAGUGGUGCUGAGAACUUUGCCUUGGGUGUGGGCGUGGCUGUGAGUGCUGCUACUGCAUCUCUUGAGGUACACCCUGUGCUAGAAAAACUUAAGGCCCUCAACAACUACAAUCCCAAAGACUUUGACUGGAACCUGAAGAAUGGUCGCGUGUUCAUCAUCAAAAGCUACUCUGAAGAUGAUAUACACCGCUCAAUCAAGUACUCUAUUUGGUGUAGUACUGAGCAUGGCAACAAACGACUGGAUGCAGCAUUCCGCUCACUUGGUGCCAAGGGUCCUCUAUACUUGCUCUUCAGCGUUAAUGGAAGUGGACAUUUUUGUGGUGUAGCAGAGAUGAAGUCUAUAGUUGACUAUAAUGCUUAUGCUGGUGUAUGGUCUCAGGAUAAAUGGAAGGGGAAAUUUGAAGUUAAAUGGAUCUUUGUUAAAGAUGUUCCCAACAACCAGCUACGACAUAUUCGGUUGGAAAACAAUGACAACAAACCGGUUACCAACUCCAGGGACACUCAAGAAGUGCCCCUGGAAAAGGCUAAGCAAGUCCUUAAAAUCAUAGCGACUUUCAAGCAUACCACCUCAAUCUUUGAUGACUUUGCACAUUAUGAAAAGCGACAGGAGGAAGAGGAUGCCAUCCGUCGGGAGAGGAAUAGAAACAAACAGUAACCUUGCAGAGAUGUCACUACUAGAGCUGCAACACUAAUGAUGUAGACCCUUAAUUGCCUAAUUUCAGAAAGAUGGGGAGCUAUGAGAAGUUUUCUGAGGAAAACUUUGCCUCCAGAGAUUUAACACAAGUGGAUGCUGUAAAGGUUCUUGGUGCAUCUGACCUUAUACUCCUUUCUCAAAAAUAAAACACACUUGAACUGUUUCUUUAAGCACUUUCGGUCCUUCUAAAGCUACAACCAAUUUCUGCUGUCCUCCAUAGUGCAUCCAAUUAAAGACCCAGGAGAUGCGAGCAAUUGUGGGGAUUCUUUUAACCUUCUUUGGAUUUGUUUGUUUGUUACUAACAAAUUAACCAGUGUCGUGGGUUCCGAUAAUGUGAGGUAUCACAAUGCUUCAGACUAUCUUCUUGGUGUUGUAGGACUUCUUUUUUUUAACUUAAUCAGUUAUAGCGCCUUUCAGAAGGUAAACUAUAAGAGAAAAAUAUAUACAGAUUAUGUCAUAUUUAAACCUAAAUAAAAAGCCCGAAUGUAACAGUGAAAUCAUGAAGGUUGAAAUGUUGACUUUUCUUAAGAAAAAAAAAACAAAAAAAGAAGAAAAAUGAAAGCAUCAUAUAAAUAUUCUAGACUGAUUUUUUCCCUUGUUUCAGACUAUGUUUUGUGUACUAAAGAGAAUAUUAUUAUGCAGUUUGGUGAAUGUCACCAGUUAAUGCACAUAUUUGUUUUUCCUGUAAUAAUGUAAUACGAAAGUGCAUUUGUCUAAGGAGAAAUUUGUUUAAUUCUACUAGUUAUCCUGAAUUUUGAAUUAAAAUGUACCUCAAUCUCCACCAGACUUUUUACAACCUCUAUAACUACAUUUACAAUGUAACUUACCUGUCUGUGGGUGUUUGCCUAUAGACAGAUUAUUAUCAAGGAAGUGACAACUUUCUCCUCUAGGUGAUUCAUUAGCUAAAUAAACAUAAUACUUGUUUAGCGAGCAUAAAA